ACAAAAUCGAUGAAAGUAGUCUUGUGUGAUUCAAUAAUAUAGUUGGCAUCUGGUACAGUCGCUACCGUUGCUUGCUAUCGCGAUAACAUCAUAUUGAUAUUGAAUUUGCAGAAAAUUCUAUACGUAAGUGGAACUAUAUUAAUAGAUCUAGGUCGUAUUAAUUUACUAUAAAUGAAAAUGUGUGUUAAGUUAUAUUUAUAUAAGAUAAUUUAAAUUUAAUUAAUAAUGAAACAUUGAAUUAAAAGAAAAGUAUCAUUGUAUGUAUCAUAGAUUUCAUAGUCAUGUAUAGAAGUAGAAGAAUGUAAAUGAUGUUUGUUUAAGUUCUAUCUACUAAGAUUUUAAGAAUUAGAAGUCUAAGUCUAAUGAUUAAUCCAAAUCAGUAACAAUAAUCUAAAAUGAUGUCAGACUUAUCAACUCUACUGAUGAUUUCAUAAUUAAAUUAAUGACAAUUAGUUUGGUAAAUUCACAGAAGAGAUGCCAUGUUUUUUUUUCCAAUCGCCACCAUCUAGGUUGACAAGACCAGUUAAUUCUGUCACUAAAUCUAAGUAAAUAUAUCCCUAAUCCUAAACUGAACCCUAAAUGUAUCUCUAAACCUAACCUUAACCCUAAACUAAAUGUAUCCCUAAACUUAAACCUAAUCUGAACUGAACCCUAAAUGUAUCCCUAAACCUAACCUGAACCCUAAUUAGGCUAAUUCAUGGCAACUUCAUUAAAUGCGCAAAUUACGUCGAGGCAUCCCAUCCUAGGUUUAGCCAUUAUUUCAAUUAGUAUCGAGUAUUAGUAUUGGCAUGGAUAGGGCUAUUUUGAUUACGAAGUGGCUAUUCGGACCCAGUAUCAGAAGUGAGAGGUUGAAUUUUCUAAAAAUGUUAAAAUUACUAUUGUUGGGUUUUAAGAAAAAAAAUGGUAUCAAAUGAAAGAUAAUUGAAUGGACUAUACGUUUAUAAACUUACUUCUUCAGUUUAACUAAAAUAAACUACCACAAAUGACGUUGGAAUAGCAUUUAGUCUGAUGGGACUAGGGCACGCAUGGCCGCUAUUCAGCCCCGGGUCACUUUAGACUAAAUGCUAUUCAGAUAUAGCUGCAGCGUUUUGAUUAAUCUAAGUCUAGGCCUAUGCCAAUGCCUAUAUUAUAUACAGAAAUUUUAAAUUGAUUAAAUUUAAAUAUUGUGGAUUGCUCGAUUGCCAUAAAAGAUGUAUCAUAUUAAAGGGCUGGUAACACUAUAAGUAUAAGCUUCCCAAAAACAUAAAUUUAAUCUUGCUAUCUUUAAUAGAAGUUGAGUUGUAAUUUUUUUUUUAAUGAAUUUUUAAAUCCCUUUGCCCUCUAUAUAAUCUAUAUAUUUUACCUCAAACACUUGUGACCUACAUUUCAAAUUUCUGCACAAAACUUUUUUGUCUACAACAUUUUUAUUUUUAAAUAUAAUUGCACCAAAUUUUUAGGAGAUAUUCACAAUUUAAUAUACAACACAGAGAAUAGCAAAACUUCAACAUUAUAUCAAGAAAUUAUAUUUUGGAAUCUACAUUCAAAAGCGCCUCAUUGUCAAUGGAAGGAAUUCCACAAAGUUCUUCAAUAUAAAAUUUAAAUUUUCUCAUGUAAAGCAAUUAUUUAAACACAAAUUUGACAAAGUAUGCAGUUUUUCAAAAAAUACUGUGUAGCUAUAUCCAUAUUAUAGAACAAGCUUGAUCAACAUUUUGCUACAUAUGCAGUACAGUGCACAGUGGAGUAUCAAUAUACCUACUAUACUGUAUGUGACUGGGUGGCCAAAUGGUCUAAACUGAGCAAACCUCAAGUUGGUGGUCUGGUGUUCAAUUCCAGCCAAAACAUCACCCCGGGUGGAUGAGACUCGUUAACCUUGGUCGGCAACUCAUCUAAGAGAAGGAAACUCUGAAUUCAAUCCCGGAGUUGGAGUCCCGUAAGGCGCAAACAAUUCCUGCAACUGAACCCAUCCCUGUUCGUCUUGACGUAGAGUCUUGCCACUGGAUAUGGUGGGCUUGGACGAGAGAGUGAGGUAGACGCCGCGCAACUCUUCUUCACUUUAAACAAAAGUCACCCGAGCAAGUCAUCAGUCACCAGUCACCAGAUGAAUCGAUGGUCCUCGUCGAUCCUUGACGGACGAACAACUAUACUGUAUAGUCUAGUAUUAUACUAUAUCAUGUGGAGAAAGGGUAGACCAUUAAUCAAUUUAAUAGCUAAUGGCCUUAUUAAAAUAACUGAACUGAAGGAUGCAGACUGUCCCCUCAGAUUUCCAACAAACAUCUAUAAUUCAAACCUUGUUGAGCAUAGAGAUAGACCUUAAUCUAAUCACUACUAAGAAAUGUGGACCUCCCUUGGAAAAGUCAAGUCAAAGCAACCAGUGACUCCACAAAGGAGUGUGCCAUAGUUAAGAGAUGUGUGUACCAAUUCCAUUAAGGGCAAUGAAGGCUAACAACAUUCAAGUGUCAAUACUUGAUAAUAGGUGACAGGGGAAGCAGCUCAUUUGGAAAUGGCCUUUGUAAACCUGUUCAUGAGUUGACAUAAUAUACUUCUUUUUUAAAAACUAAUUCUAUCAGUCUAAAAUACUUGUUUUAAAAGAAAUAGUAAUAAUAAUUAGCUAUAAUAGUACUAAGGAAUCCACUGCUAUCUUACUGGGAACACUGCUGUUACAUGUAUUCAAAGUUGAGUAAAUAAAUAUACCCAAAAUACACACAUUUCAUAGACAAAAUUGUGGCUAGUAUAAAGGAAACCGUCCCAUUACCUGAAAACUGUGUUGGGAAUGUAUUGAGUCUGGAUGGCACAAUGGCAAGUUUUGCAACGGCUGCGUCCACAUGGCUCUAUCCCAAAGUGGGAGGGGGCAGUGCGGAUGCACAUGGGGAUCUUGAUGAUUUUUAUCCCUUCUGAAAACAAUUAGAGACAGCGAAGAGAAAAUGUUGUGGGUGUCGGGAUCAGUGAGGAGAAAAGCAUGGUUUUUAAGAAAAACUUGUUUGACUAUGAGAUUGUGAGGAUAUUUUAGAAUAAGUUUGGAUCUGUCGCCAUUGUCACUCGAACAAGACCUGAAAGCAUGAGUAAUAUUUUUAAACUGUUAAAGGGAAGAUGAAAGUACUGUCUCUGGGAAGGACCUACAACGUAAAUAGUCAAUCAUCUGAAGAGCCUUGUCCCAAAAGUUAUCCGACUAGCAAAGAAGACAAAGUAGUUUAGAAGAGAAAAUAGAGUCUUUACAAAAUUUAGGGGUGGGGGGGGUGAUUAGAGUAAAUAGCUGUGGCUGUCUGUUGGUUUAAAGUAGGUGGAGCUGAGUAGGCUGUCUUUGGGAAGUUUGAUCUAUGUCCAAAUGUUACCAGUGAUGUGAAUUUAAUGGAGGGGUCAAAAGAGCCUAGAAAGUUGAUGAAAAGGAUAAGUUCACUCCUUUCCAUGGUGGUGACCGCAAUACCAUCAUGGAUAUAACUUUGUCAAAUUCAGGGAGGCGCCGGUGUAGUUUCUCUCUAACAUGUGUUUGAACUUUCCUAUAAACAAACAUCCAUAGCUGGGUCCCAUUUUAGUUCCCAUAGCAACACCGCUGAUUUGGUCAAAGAUUAGGCAUUUAACUCAAACAAAUUGCAGGUGAGAACAAGUUCAGCCAUUUAGAGGAGGGUGUUAGAAGGUAUAGAUGGAUGGGGCUUACUCUCGCGAAAGAAUUGUAAAGCUAAGAUACAGUCAGUAUAAGGGAUUGAAGUAAAUAAUGAACAUACAAAAAGCAGAAAUAGAUAAUUUUUGGAUAAUAAUGGGCAGUCAAGCUACAAUGUAUUAAAGUAACAUUGUUAAUGUUCUAAGCCUGUGGUUAAAUAAACAAAACAUGACAUAUCAAAGUAAUUUGAAGAGUUGGUUUUAUCAUAUUGACAUCUCAGGAAAAACUUGUAAUGUUAUUUGGUGUCCCCUUUCUCAUUGUAUAAACAUCAAAGAUGUCCGUACAUUUUAUAUAGUCUUUGUUGUUGUGAUAACUGGUCAGUUAUUGUUGUUCUAUUGCAUAAACAUGUUUGUUAGUGUCAUGUGUAAUUAUGGUAUCAUUCAUAUCUAUUACCCGCAUUUGUCUUUUUUGUCACAGUUAGUCAGUUAGUGCUAAUCGUUGACUAAUAUUUUUUUUAAAAAAAAAAGAAAUUUCAAAAUGCCUUUGCUUUUAUCAAAAACUUUAGUUUGUAAUAUAUGAUUCUGUUCAUUUAUUUCUCAAAAAAUUGUUUAGGCUAUGACAACAUCUAAUUUGAAUGCUGGAUCCAGGUACCUUAAUGAUAAAUUAAGAGUAGUAAUCAUUCAUUGGAAAUGGGUUUAUUAGUUACUCUUAGUGUGGGUUUACUUUUUAUAUAGUUAUUCCCACAUGCUUUUUUCCCCAGAUGUUUUGCAUUAUGGAGUGAUAUGCAAGAACCUUUUAAUUUUCAUGUUCUUAAUUUUUUUGUAGUAUGAUGUAAAAUAAGGCUUAUGUGGAAGGCAUGCAUUAAUCUAUUAUAGGUGGACAAAAUAUUGUUACAUUUCACAAUCAUAAGCCUGACCAUUAACAAAUCUCUUUAGAUAAAAAUGCAUUUAGUCAUCAAUCAAGUGUAAGUUGUUAUUUCUAUAUGAUCAUUGUUAUUCUAGGUUAUAAAGUUUCAAUGCUAGCUUCUCAUGAAAAUGUUCUUUAAAAUGAAGUAGUCAAGCUUAACAUUAAUCAGUUGUGCUUGUAGUUGUACACUAUGCCCCAGAACUGUAAUGUUUGUAUUAAAUUCAUGACAAAUUUGCUAAUCAUUCAAAAUACGCAUUAUUGAUUUUAAAAUUAUAAGUUUUAUACACUGUAAAUAAAGUUAGCUUGGCAGGAAAAUAUGCCAGUUUUGAUGUGCCAUUGUAACCUGAAUUUUUCUCAAUACAAUAUGAAUAUUGUACGGGGGGGGGGGGGGGCAUGCUUCACAUUUUUCAUUUAACCACAAAUAGAAGUUAAGAGAUCUCGAAAGUGACUUUGCUACAUUUGAUUGAGUGAAUAACAAAGGUGGCUAGGGAAUUCAUUAGUUAGUCAGGAGGCUACUUCAGAGAGGAGUGCAAAAAGCUGCAGUAAAUUAAUUAUGGUACUGAAUAUUUUUAGUUCUAAGCAUUCAACAAAUAUGUUAGUAACAUUAAUUUGUUUCUCUAUGUGGCACAAAUUUGAAUGGUAAAAAUAUUCCCUUAAAAAAAGUGUCAGUUGUGAUUUGCUAGCUUUUCACCAUAUCAGUAUUUAUUUUUUAAAACAAUCUCUCUGUGAAAGAUAAAUUUAUCCAAUUAGCUGGGUUAUGCCCUGUGCUAAUUAGUUAAGUUCCUGGAUGAAUGAUUACAGCUAACACAGCCUCUGUGGAUUUGAAUAGGUUUGCAUAUUAAACACUGGCAUCAUUAACUUUGCCCUGAACAACUGUUGUGUUGGUAUACAGUGGACUUACUUUAAUUAAUCCUGCUUCAAAUGGACACGUGCUUUCUCCCUUAGAAUAAUAAUUAUGGAUUUCAUUAUUCGGUUAUUUUUCUUUUAACAAUGAGUUGUUUUUUUUUCUUUUUUCACUAGUAAACUCAUUUUUUUUAAAUUGGUUGCAUAUUUCAUGGUUUGUAUCAUCAUACUUGUUGGUAAUGAUGGAAUGUUCACAGAAAUACCAUCCGUAAAAUAUAGUAUCUAAUUAAUUUUUUUUAAAAACAUUUGACUGAAUUGCAAUUCUCUGUGGAUUGAGAAUAGGAAAUGUAAUAGUUUUGUAGAGUCCAUUAGUUUAACCCUCGAACUGAGGCAUGCAUCAUUCUGUGGUGUGGAGCUUUUUGAGUGCCUUUUGAAAUUGCAUUAAAUGACAUAGAAAUAUUGAUGCAAGACCCCAAUAAUUACAUAUUUUUAGAAAGGUAAAUGGAUGGGCAUAAAGUUGCUUAUAUUGCCCACCCCGUAAAAAAAUAUUUGCUCAGUGUCCUUGACCUUGGAGUGCUCAAGAAAAUAAAAAUCGACACUAUGUAUUGUGUUCAAGUACUCAUAACAUCAUUAAUUUUUAUAGAUACACUUAAAACACAAAUCUAAAUGUUGUAGCCAAUUCAUUUAUCUUUCAGAAAAUGUAUAGUUUGCUAAGGUUUUGAUUACAAUUAAACCUCUGAAAGCACUUUUGUCAUUUUAUGUCAUUUAUUUAAGAAACUGGGACCACAGCUAAAGCCAAGUACAAAAUAAAAAAUCUCAGGCAAAAUAGUUAUUAUUGACUAGUAAACAUUUAAAAAGGCACUGUGAAACUGAUUUGGGUUGUAAUACUGUCAAAUUUAUUAGUUCUGAUCUAUAAUCUGUAGCUUCUGUGACUAAAAUUCAGUCAGUCCUUGCCCAACCUCCCGGGCGUGGCUCGAAGUCAAACAGUAGCCCCAGUAGGCCUACUUCAGUAUCACUAGGACUUGUAUCAGAUUCGCGAAAAUAAGAAUCUGAAGUGAGAUGUCAUGGGGAAUGUUAAAAUCAUCAUCAGUAUCACUUAAAUCCUCUCCUAAAAAGCUUUCAACAAUAUUUAUAUUAGUUCUUGCACUGAAGGCCCGGUCAUAGCUUCCGUCAUUUUAGCUUUAAAAAAAAACAGCGAUAUAAAAUUCCGAUUAAAAAGUACUUAUUGAUAAGUUAUCAAGAUACAGCUUGACCAAGAAGUUGAUUUAAUUAUUAAUAAAAGAAAGUGGCUAUGAUUUCAGUUAAAUAUUGGAUUGGAAGUUGCUAUCUGACCGUGUUUUUUAUCGGCCGAUUUUUUCACCCGCCACAGCACAGAACGAGAAUAUCGGCCAAUUGAGCGGUCGACCACAGUUCGAGGGUUAAGAUGUCAAAUUGUUACAUCAAAUUCACUUUGGAGGAUAAUAAUUUUAUAUGGCCAAUAAAUUAACUGUAGGGACAGCAGCUUAUCAUGAAGCUAUGUUAUUCAGUAUACCACACAAGUCAUUAUUGUCAUAAACACUGCGAAGUGCCCUUUGCUGUUGCAGAUAUGGGGGAAAAAAACACAUUUAAAAAUUCAUAUUGUGUGAACGGAAUGAUGCUAACAGUUACCCAUGCAUAACAAAAAUCUUUUUUUAAAGAAUUGAACAACUACCGGUAACAUGAAAUAAAUUUCUUUUUAUAAAUUGCAACAAUCUUGGUUUACCAUAAUCUGAGAUGUAGAAUUAAGCAUUGUAUGAUGGUAUGGAACAGAUAAAAAUAUGGUAACUUAUUAACUCUAUAUAUUUUAUUCAGUAAGUCAGUAUAUGACCCGAUUACUGAAUACAGCUUCAUAGUGCUGCUAGUGAGUGCUAGUUGUUCAUCAAAGGUUACCCAAGCUUCUAAGAUUUUAUAAUCAAGAGCUUUAAUGUUCCCCCUAUUACAGUUUAAAAUCCUGUGUAUUUCAGCCAAGAUGUAUCUUGAUCAGUUUGUACUGUCUGUGUAGAGGUAUAAAAAUAGUCUCAGACUGAAACAAUGCUGACCCAUAUCACAUGAUUUAAUUCUUAUAGCAAUAACAUGAGUCAUCCUGCUAUAAAAUCUUCUACUAGGGUAUUACCAUCAUUAAUAACUUGUUACACAAUUAAUAUUAAUAAAAUACAAUACAGCUAAUGCUACAAUAAAUCUAAUGAUUAAAUUACUGUCACUCAGAAUAAUUAUGAUAAAACCUGUUGCCAACCAUGGCAUAAAAGAUAGAGCUAUUAGAAUAUCCCCCAUUGUUGUAUUCUUUGUUGUUUUGUGUCAAACUGUGUUUUGAAGUGAAUCAAACUUUUUUUAAAAAUGCAUUCAUACUAAAUAAAGUUAGCGUUCAACUUUUUAUUUUCUCAAAUUUGUGGAGUAAUUUUCUGGAGAUAUUUUAUAUUAAUUCCGUACAUAUUUUUUUUUGAAAUGACUACAGAUUUUUUUUUGAAAUGACUACAGAUUUUCUUGAAAUGACUGGCUAUCCUGUUAACUUUUUAAAUUUUUCAGACAGAGGAUGUACUUUGAUGGCAAUGCUGCAAGCUCAGCAGACAUGCGUUACUUUAACUGGGUGGUGCUGUUUGUGCAAGUCCUGGGCGUGGUGUCAGUGGUCAUAACAGCUGUUUGGAUGGGCCACUUUCGAGGUGGCUUUGCUUGGCAAAGUGAUCCUUCACAUGAGUUCAAUUAUCACCCUCUUUUCAUGAUUAUUGGCAUGGUUUUCUUGUAUGCAGAUGGUAAGGAGUUUUUCCAAAAGUGUGAGCUAUGUAUACAAAAAAAGGAAUUGUGUUUGCAUUGACUGUAAAUAAUGAUUGUUUUCUCUUUCAUCACAUAUUUUUAUUAUGUUUUAUUAAAUAAGGAACAAUCUUUUGUUAUACUCUUUGCCAAAAGGAUCUUUUAAAUUUUAACAUAUCUGAUGUGCAUAUAUUUUGAAUUAUUGCAAGAAAUAUUUUAUUUUAUUGUACUGUUUUUUUUUAAAUUUUUGUAACAAAUGUAAUAUGCUUCUUUUUUUUUAGAAAGUAACAAUUUAUAUCUAACUAUCUUCAGCAAUACUGGCUUAUCGGGUUUUCAGGAAUGAUCGUAAAAUCUUCAUUAAAGUCCUCCAUGCCUGCAUGCAUAUAAGUGCACUCAUAUUUGCUGCUGUUGGUUUGAAGGCUGUAUUUGAUUCCCAUAACUUGAAUCCCAAGGGCCCAAUACCAAAUCUUUAUUCUCUGCAUAGCUGGCUAGGACUCUUUGUUGUCGUUUGUUUUGGGCUACAGGUAAUUAUCUCAUGUUUGAUCAAUAGGAUUGUAAUUUAUUUUUAUAAUGCUUCUUGAUUUAAUGUUAUAGUAUUGGGAGAAGACAGUAUGUUCUGAAAAAUGUGCCUUAGUGUGGAAGAUAUUGUGACUUCUUGUCAUGCCAAAUGGGAAGGUUGAUUUUAAAUAUUUUUACCUAUUUUAGUUUUGCCCUUCCAACCUUAAAAGUUGCACCAUUUUAAGAACCUGAACAGAUAAUCCAUGAUUUUCAUGUCAUCAAAUCCAGAGCUUAAAAUACUUUGUAUUUUUCUACGGUGUUAAAAUGGAUGGGUUAAUGAAUCAUGCAUGGCAAAUAAAUAUAAACAUGAUUUAAUUUAUUUCAGUGGCUUUUAGGCUUUAUUUCAUUCCUGUGGCCUAAGCUGGGCAUGAGAGCUCGGACCCUGUACAUGCCCUACCACACGUUUUGGGGAGUUGUGCUACUUAUCCUGGCCACAGCUACAGCUCUCAUGGGGAUUACAGAAAAAGCCAUUUUUCAUAAAGAGUAAACUAUGAACAUAUCUUAUGGCAGCUGAGAUUUAUGAGAAACUUUUUAUUAGCAGCUUUUCGUUGAAUAAAAUACCUUUCAUAUGGACAAACUUUAGUUUUAGUAUUGGUAAUAUAUUUUAUCACAUUAUUUUUAAUUCAUCUUUUUAUUUUUUUCCAAAGAAAACUUUUUUGACAUAUUUAUGCAUUUCUUUUUAAACAGUGAGAUCGGCUACACAUCUUUUUCCAGUGAAGCAAUCCUGAUUAACUGUCUAGGAGUCAUCCUUGUGUCAUUUACUGGUCUAGUGAUUUAUCUAGUCACCAAGCCAGAAUAUAAACGCCAGCCUGCGCCAGAGGAAGACCAUGUACCAUUGGAUAACUAAUUCAAAAUUCGGAAAUAAUUUUGAAAUUUUAUUUUCCUUGCUGUAGCUUUAAAAAAUUAUUUUCGAUUAGUGUUUUUAAAAAAAAUAAGUUUUAAUAUUAUUUUUAAUUUUUAUUUAAUGAAGUUAACCAAAUUAUUAAACACUAAUAGCUCAUAAGUAUAGAGAUUAAGUGAUAUUCAUUUUAUGAAAAGCUUUGUUUUCCCUGUAAUUCAAAAAUGCUAUCUGAUAUAUAUAUGAAACCUUCACAUAUUUUUGUAUAUUGCAAGUUGUAAUUCAUAAGUUGGCAAAGAAACUGAAACUUUGUUGAUUUGGCUCUACUUAUAUUGACAUAUCAUUUUUUUUUUUUUUUUCAAUCUUAUUUGAAUAUCAUUUUUGUGUUAAUGGUCUGGAAAUUUCUAGUUUACUUAUUUCCAACUAGUCUUACCUGUUGAAAAAUUAGAAAGGUUAAAAUCUUAUUAAAACACUAAUAAGAUAUGAAUGAUUGGACCAUCAGAGACUUGAAUAAAUAGUUAUUAUAAGUCAAAAAAUAAAUAUUUGACUAAUUAUGAAUCAGUCACAUGAUUCUUACUUGAAAUGCUAAUAUUUCAUCAGGUUAUUUUAAUCCCACCCCCACCAAUUGUUAACUUUAAAAUAAAAGAUGUUCCCCUGACAUUAAGUACCUUUCACGAGAGGCAGGUAAGAACUUGCUCAUGCAAAAAAAAUUCCAAAUUUACAUUCCAUUCAAAUAUAAUUUUUCCUGUCAAAAUUAGGGAUAUAAAGAAUUCAGUAUUAUUUUUAAAGUUCUUUUCCAACCAACUUUUCAUAACUGUUGUUGGGUCUAGUGAAUCCAUAUUGUGGUCUCAGUGUUGGUGUAAUUAUCUUUAAUGAUGAUAUUUUAUCUUUCUUUCAUAUUGGGUGCAAUAGUUUUUGUAGCAGCGGAACUUAAGUUUACAUGGUUGUUAAAGUUAAAACUUUCAAAGUUGUUUGUUAGUGACACAUUUAUUUUUUUUAUUUCUGUUAUUAUAAAAUCAAAUCUGUCAUUAGGAAAUGGGAAUUAUUCUUUUUGCCUGAGUAUUUAUAAAAAGAAAAAUAUAAUUUGUAAUGUUCUUUCAAAUAUAAUUUUAAAAGCAAAAUAGUGUGCCUGAUUAUGGAUAAUAAUAAAUAAACUCAUUAAGUUAACAUGAGGAAUCAAGUUUGUUUUACAUACUUUCAAUUUACUUGCAAAUUUUAAAUUUAUUACAGCUUUGCAUUUCAGCUACUCAUUUAUUGACUCAAUUACUAUAUUUAAAAGUUUAGACAUAUUAAUGGCAUUAAAACCAUAAAAGUUAUAGAAAUAAAAAACCAGUAGCCAUUAAUUAACUUGAUAUUUUUUAGCUGUUUUAAAUUAGUUUAUAAGUUACUUAACCAAAGAAGAAUUAAUUCAAUGUUUUAUUGCAAGCUCCAAUAACUGCACAGAAUAAUAAGUAUUUGUGAUUGUUAAUUAUACUACCUUUUAUCACUAGAGAGUUUUCACUUUCAGACUUUCACACAUGUUAGAAUUCCUUGGAGGAAAAUUAAAGUUAUGACAAGAAAUAACCACCAAAUCUUUACUUAAUGGUUGGUGGUGGGUUUAUUCAAAUAUUCUUUGAUUUUCUAUUUUAAUUACGUAAAUGAUUGACUCUAUUUUUAAAGUGUUAUAAAUCUUUAUCGUUACACCCCUGUUUGUCAUUAAUAUUUUAUUUUUAAAACUAAAAUUCAUCUCCAUUCUCCACAGAAAUGUGACCUGUUUUAGAUGAGCUAUGAUCUCUUUCUCUCUCUCGUCAGUAUUUGUAAUCUUUGUGUCUUUAUGUAGAAUUUUACAUGUUUUUUAGGAAACAUAGAUCUAUUUGUAAAACUUGAGAUGAAAACUGCUGCCUCACAAAACUAUAAUGAUCUGUUUAUUUCUAAGGUCUGGACGGUAGAAAUAUGAUUUUUAAAUAUUAAAAUCUCCAGCUUUUUUGUGAAAUAAGACCACAUAUGUCAAAAAGCCACAUUUGAGAAUCAUGAACAUAAAUAAUGCAUAGUACCGGUAUAAGAAUGAGCCACAUCCACCUUCCUAGAUAGGUCUAAUUGAAACCCAUUGUUUAGGAUCUCUGCAAUAAAUCAUGCUGGGAUGUUUUAAAAAAAAGCUAUUUUCUUUGUUUGAAUGAAUGUCUUGGUGUGGUCAUUAAUAAACAAAAAUAAAUUGUUCAGUUAUUAUUCAUUUAUAUUAAUUUUCAUGGGUCUUGACAAGGGAAAUAGAUUUAUAAAUAUAUAUAUAUAUAUAUUGAUGCAUCAGAAAAACCUGUAUAUAAUAUAUUUUAAUCCUUGUUUCUGUGAUAUUGAUUCAAUCAAAUCUGUCAUUUCGUUAGUUACUGCUGUAGUUUUGUCUCUAGUUUUAGAAUUGAAAGAAUUAUUUUUUCAAGAACUUUUGACUCAAAGGAAAUUAAUUGUUAGUGGUUCCACUGAAUUUUAUAAGCACCCAUAGAUUAAUUUUUUUUUAAAUAAAAAUUAAAACAGCAAACAUCAAUCACCUUGCUAAAUUGUUAACAUCUUUCUUAUAUAUUUAAGGCAUGUCUGCAGUGAGCUUAUGGGUAAAAAAAACAUUAGUUACCUAAUAUCAUAAUACUUUCAGAUUAGAACUCAUCGGCCAUAAUUUUUAUCUAUCCCAGAACAGGCAUUUACUCUUCUUAAGGCUACAUUUUAUCUCAGCUUAUAUCUCAUUAAUUUUUAAAUAACUCAUGUGUUGCAAUAGAUUAUCUAUUUGAUGCAAUGUUUACUACAAUACAAUUGUAUAAUUAUGGUACAAUGAUUUGGAUAAUUCUAGCCAAACAGUAAUAGUCAUAAUAACUUAAAUUUGAUACCAUUCACUUAUGACGGUGACCACUUAAUUGUCAUAAAAAGAGAGAAGAAUACGAAAUGGUAUGAAAAUUAUGCUGGUUUCACUUCCCUAAAGGCUUAUUAAAUUUAUUUUUGCUUUCAUUUUAUCAUCAGGAACAUCAGCCCAUUUAAAUUAUGAUUUAAAUUAGACAAAUAAAACACCUGAUUUACAUUUUAAAAAUUGAUUUUAACUUCAUUCAUUUAUCUAAUCUAUUUAUAUUUAAAGGUACUUGCUAAAAAGUUAACUUUUGUUUGUUUUUAUGCAUUAUUAGGCUCAUAAUAUAUUAUUUAUUAAUAUAUUAUUAUAAUUGCAAAUUUUCACAAUAACAAAUUUAAUUUUAUUAAAUUAAAUUUUUCUGUUUUUAGAAAUUAGAAAUCGACUAGGGGUUUGAGACAGCGGGAAAACUAUUUUUUCUUGUCAAAUGAUUUAAUAAGAAGGUAUUGGUGGAAGCAUGAUUUUUAUUAAACAUUAGAAUUUGGCAUAAUACUAAAAUUUUCAGUAAUCUAUUCAAUAAUAUUAAUAAAAAUAAUUCAGUGGUUUAAAUUUUGCCUUUAUUUAAAUACUUUAUUCUCUUAUCUUUUUGUUGCCGAAAAGAAUUAUGAAAAAAAUUGUAUGCAUCCUACAGACAAUUUGAAUUUGUACUCUGCCUCAUAUGAUCAUAAUUUGCUUAAGAAUUAUGAUAUAUUUUCCAUUGCAUGUCAUUCCAUAUUUUGUAAAUUAAUUUUUAUUCUUAGCCAAAUUAAUUUUUGUAUGCACUAUUCAUAUUUAUAGUCAAAUAGAAAAACAGACUAAGCAUUAAAUCUUUCAAUAAAAAUGUUAUGAAUCCUCCAUUUUUAGAUGCUACUAAUACUGGUAAUACUAUACUCAGGCAGGUAAGCCUAAAGAGCUUCAAUGAAAAUUGUUCAAAGUUUUUAUAAUGAGUGUCAAAUAAAAUUUAUUUCAAAGAAUUGUCAAACAAGGUGUGAUAACUCUGUAGUGACAUUUUAGUAUUUAAAUAUAGAUUUUGUUUUCAUCAGAUGCUCAAUCAGGUUGAAUCUUAAACAUUUUUACAAUCACAUUAUUUUCAAUUUAACUUUUAUAACUCAAACUGAGAGAAGCUGAUUAAAAGGUCAUUGUAAUAAGGAUAAAAUGCUAAAUGAAUAAUAUAUGUAUUGUAAAAGUUUAAGUAAUAUCUACUAUAAUGAUCCUAUAAAUUAGUGUAAAAUUCUUGAGAUUUAAAUUCAUAUCGUAGCCAAUUUUAGAUGCAAACAGCUGCACUUUUUGAAGGAAAGGUGUAAAAUAACAUUUAUCAAGGUUUUCAUUUAUUCAAUAUUUUUUUGAACCCAGUAAACAAAAAUGUCAAGGUUUUUUAAUUGAAAUAUUCUAAAUUGAUCCAGGAAAACUUCAACUGUGCUGUUUUAAUCAAAAGAUUUUACCUGCUAAUAUAUAAAAUGAUAGAAACAUAAAAAUUGCCUUUUUGAAAAUGUCAUUUGCAUUGAGAUUUUUUUUUCAAGUUAAAAACAAUCAAAUCUAAAAAUAAAUCAUACAUUGAAUGAGAUUAACAUGAGUAGUGCUUCAUUUCCAUACUUUUAUUAGGUUUUCCUAAUGAUUCUUCUAAUUUUAUUUUUGGCUGCGCACAGUAUAUGUAAUUUUAUUGAUAUGUCAUUAAAAUUGUACAUAAUUUGACCUGCAUGUCACUUUUAUUUCCUUAAAAUAAAUUUCACUAUUUGUUUACUUUUUGUUUCUAUAUGGUUUAAAAUAUUUCAUUUAAUUUGAAAAUAAAGAACUAUAAAAUGUACCUGUUUGUGAAAACUAAAAAAAAUUGCAAAAAUAACUACAAUUUUAAAGACAUGCUAAAGUUAUGUUAUGAUUAAGAAGUAACUAUUACUUUUUAAUGCCAGUACUGGGUAAUGAUACAAGUUUUAAAAAAUACAAAUAAUGUUAUUUAAUUUAAAAAAUGUCAGAAACUAUUCAAAUGUAUUAUUUUGCUAUAUAAUUCUCUUUGUAGUUGUAGUAAGUAACUUUGUAGCAUAUAGUUUUGUUUUAAUAACUACAUACUUAACAAUAUGUUAUAGUUCCAGUCACAGGUUUAGUAUAAUUCUUGAAAUGCCAAAUUUGAACUGAAAAAUGGUGUACAGUUAACUUUUAUUUUGUAUAAAAAUGAAGUUUUCAUAUCUAUUACAUUUUUUUAAUAUAAAAAAUUGAAAUAGCUUCUUUUAGUUUUGUUCAUUUAAAUGUAGGUUUAAUUAUUAUUAUUUUUUAAAAACCAUAGCCUUUAUAUCUUUAUGUACAUGGCUCAUUUUUCAGCACAUUCUUGGUUACUUGGUUUUUGUAGACAGUUACCCAAAAAUGAAGUACUUUAUUAAAUUUAAUUUCCAACAGAGUUUUAUUAUUAUUGAAAUAUUUGCUUCCAAAAUGCUCUGUUAUAUAAAGUACAAGGAAAACUUUGAACUUUAAAAUAAUACAAUAUUUUUCACUUAUCGCUCUCAGCUAAUUGAUUAUCUCCUUUUUCUUUUUUUUUUUUUUGUUUAUAUUUUUUUCCCUGAUUUUUUAAAGGUGACUAGUAAUUUUUAUUUUAUUUUUUUACUUGAAGGUUUUUAUUAUUUUUUUUAUAAAGUACAAGGAAAACUUUGAACUUUAAAAUAAUACAAUAUUUUUCACUUAUCGCUCUCAGCUAAUUGAUUAUCUCCUUUUUCUUUUUUUUUUUUGUUUAUAUUUUUUUCCCUGAUUUUUUAAAGGUGACUAGUAAUUUUUAUAUUAUUUUUCUACUUGAAGGUUUUUAUCAUAUUCUUACUAUGUAUUGUGUACUCCCUAAGUCUACAGUGAGUUUUGUCAUUCCCAAUAUUGUGACUUGCGAAAUUGGUGUGCUAUAGAGGUACCGUAUUAAAUAUUUAUUGAUGUUGC